GCACAGUUGUUCGCUUUCAUUUGAAUCCGCGGCUCCUUCCGUCGCUAGUCUUCUGCUUUUGGCUAUCCCGCGCCAUUUCUCCUCUUCUCCUUUCGUAGGUCGAUUGGUUUUGGGGCUCAGUUUCUGUUUGUGAACAGGUUCAUUCUUCUGGAAUCUAUGGAUCAAACAAACACAGACAAUGAUGCGAUCUGGUCUGUUGUUUUCAAAGAUGCAUAUGCAUUACUAAGACGCUGGCGAUACAUGGGGAUGGAUGUUUUCUUGGAUCCAAAUCGAGACGACAAAGGUGAUGAUUUAAUUAUCGUAACACCAUCCGGUAUGACAAAAGCAAUUAAACAUAGCGUUCCUCCGAACUGUGGGGAAUGUUUCCUGGCUUCGUUACUCGAUUCACUGCAAUGAAGCUCUGCAAAGUCAAGUAUAUGAACUCCAUCACAAAGAUAUAUGCAUAGUCAGAGUUUCUAGAGAGAACCAUCAAAAAAUUUGGUCAGCUAUUACCAUGGUGCGGACUGCGGAAGAUAAGGAAUAGCCCAGCAUUUUUCAACCUACUGGAUCUUAGUGGUAAGUAGACUUGCUGAAACUAAUUUGUGUUGAGUAACGCCUGAUGAGUUAUGUACUAUGGUGGAAGUUCGCAUACAUAGUCCUCUGUAAACCAUGGGAGUUCUCUUUUCAUUUUGGUUGUGAUAAUGGUAGCUAUUUCAUGGAAUUUGAUAGCAAUUGUUGUUCAUAUGAGCAAAAGGUACAAAACUCCAUGGUUUUAAAACAAAAGGACUAACUUUAAAUUGGUCCAUCAUCAACAAUUGGCCAUUGCAAAAGUAAUAUGUCGGCUUCUGCACGAAGGACUUCAAUAUAUUAUCCUGCAGCCUCAACAAUGGGUCAUUGCAAAACAACCGGGCCUGAAAAGCUUGCAGCUUGUUACUACGCCAGCCAUGUGGUGGCUUCGUUGCCUUGCCCUCUUCGUGAAAGUCCCAGCACUAGUCCUAAUCUUCUUCACCCGCCACCUGCUUCACAUAUUCUGGCCGUUGUUCCUCCGGCAAGCCCGCCGCCUUGCUCUGUUCAUUCCUUCUUCCGGCGACGACAACAGAAACAAUAGCACGAGCAGCAGCUCCCCUGCUCCUGAUCGUGAUGCUCUGCCGCCAAAGUACAACGUGUUCAUCAGCUUCAGGGGUGGCGACGUUCGCAACAGUUUCCUGAGCCAUCUCUACUCUUACCUUCACAAUUACAAGAAGCUGUGGACCUACAAAGACGACGUCGACUUGGAAAGAGGGCUGGCGAUCUCCCCCGCCCUCCUCCAGGCGAUCGAGGCUUCCGCCGUCUACAUCGUGAUUUUCUCCCUCAAUUACGCCGACUCCCCAUGGUGCUUGGAGGAGCUCGAGACGAUCGUCCAGUGUGGUGAGAAGUUCGGCCGGAGGGUGAUUCCGGUUUUCUACGACGGGGUUGACCCUCUUGAGGUCGAAACCCUAACCGGCAGCUGCGGGGCGGCUUUUUCUCGGCUGCCGGCGGAGGCGUCGGGUAAAAAGCCAAGCUGGACAGCUGCGUUGAGUAAGGCUGCUACAUACUCUGGCUUCGAUUCACGUAUUGAAAGGCCGGAGACCGUACUAAUACAAAAGAUUACCAAGGCUGUAUUCCAAGCAAUACACAAUCAGACGAUGCCGGAUUCAUACUCUUUCGGGAACCGUGGUAAUAGCUUGGUGGGCGUUGAGAAAAGGGUGAACCAGAUCCAACCACUGCUAUGCUUGGAGGGAAGUGAACACGAACAUGACAAUCUGACUAUAGGAAUCUGGGGGAUGCCUGGUAUUGGCAAGACAGUCCUGGCUGAAGCUAUCUACAACAAAUUCUCUUCUCAGUUCGAGGCUCGCGACUUGUUUCGCGACUUCGCCAAAACAGUGAGCGAGUCGAAGCAACCAUUUGACGAUUUCCAGAACGACUUCUUCGCUAAGUUGUUGCGUGAUGAGAAUCCAGGCAGAGUGCGGGAUCCUUUGAAGCUCCUUCGCCUCAGUCGCACCAAGGUUCUCGCUGUGAUCGAUGACGUGGGUGAUGGUGUGAGCAACAUCGAACAGUUAAACAAUCUGUUGAACGGGCGGUACUGUGGCAUGUUUGGACCAGGGAGUAGACUUGUGAUCGUCAGCAGGAACAAUCAAGUGUUAUCAAAUGUGUGUCAUCACGUGUAUGAAGUCCCGCCUCUGAAGCAUAAUGAAGCUCUUCGGCUCUUCUGCUUGCACGCGUUCAAGCUCGAUUGCCCGCCAAUCGAGUAUGAGUGGUUGUGCAGGAACGCGAUUAGCUAUGCAGGGGGGAAUCCUUUGGAUCUGAUCUUGCAGGGCUCACGUUUGUACGGCAGGGACCAAACAUUUUGGGACAAUGAACUCAAUGGCUCGAACCGUGCAGGGAUUCAAAGUGUGUUAAGGAGGAGUUACGAUGGAUUAAACCAGGCCGAGAAGAGUGCGUUUCUUGACAUUGCAUGUUUCAAAGAGCACUUGCAUUGGUGGAAGUUGGAGGAGAUCGAAGGAAUGCUGUUAGGUGGAGGCUAUGCAGAGUCCGGUGGUAGCGCUCAUAACGUUUUCACGAACCUUAGUGAUCUCUCUUUGUUGAGCAUUCACGAAUCUCAUGACGGAGUUUACGUAGCAAUGCACAGGCUACUCCAAGACUUCGGCCGUGGUGUCGUUAGUGAAGAACGUCGAGUCGGGAAGCGUUCCAGGUUGUGGGAAGCAAAAGAUAUAUAUCAUCUCCUCAGGUACAACAAGGGGACUGAUCUGAUUGAAGCCAUCAUCUGGGAUUUGUCGAAACUCAAGUAUGAGAUUAAGAAGAUAAACAUGGCGGGUGAUACAUUUACUAAAAUGUACCAUCUACGGUUCCUUGUGAUUCGUUAUGGUGGGGAAACUAGAAGGCCGUUGUCGAAGCAGCUGGUUAUUGCAGACGAUGGUCUGCUGCAGUCACUGCCCACUGCGCUGAAAUGUCUUCACUGGGAAUUCUUCCCGGCUAGAUGUUUGGCAUCCGAAUUCUUCUCAGAGAAUCUUGUUUCACUUGAUUUGCCUAACAGUAACGUCGAACAACUUUGGAAAGGAGAACAUGACUAUGUGGAUUUGAAGAAUCUGGAAUUCCUUAAUCUGGAGGGAUCCGAACGCCUAAAGAAGCUGCCUGAUCUUUCGACGGCGAAAAGACUGAAGAGGGUCAAGCUUGGUCGAUGUGAGACCCUAGUUGAGCUUCCAGUGUCGAUUCUGGAACUUCCCAAACUGGAAGAGAUCGAUGUAACAGAGUGCAAGAGCCUGGGCUUCAACAACUUGGACCUACAUUGCACAACAUUAACUGCGCCUAUCUUACUUCCAAAUUUGAAACUGGUACACCUGAGUGGUACCCUGAUCCAAUCUGCACCUGAUUUUCUCCGCCGCGCACAGAUUUCAGAGCUCCAUUGCUACAGUUGCUCGAACUUAGCCGAGUUUCCAGUCAUCCCAAGCGUAGAGAUCUUAAACUUUGACAAUACAGCGAUCGAAGGAAGGGUUGAACUCGGGGUUCUUCCCAAGUUGGAGGAGUUGAAUCUUACUGCAAACCAACGAGUCAUUCAUCUCUCGGAUGACAUCUGUAAGCUGCAAUCCUUUCGCAAGCUCAAUCUCUCUGGCUGCACACAGAUGGAGGAGUUUCCUGAGAUUUUGCAGCCCAUGAAAUGUAUGGAUGUGUUGACCUUAAGCGGAUGCGCGAAGCUGUCGACCCUUCCCAUUAGCAUCGGUAAGCUAGUCGGACUGGAAGUUCUUGAUUUAAGCAAUACGGCAGUCGAAGAGCUACCGUCCUCCAUCAUGGAUCUCAAGUUCCUGAGGAUAUUGAAGCUGCAGCGUUGUAAAAGUCUUGCAAGCCUGCCCACCAAUAUCUGCAACUCGCGGUUUUUGAGUUCCCUGGAUGUGGGUAAUUGCUGUCGACUGAGUUCUCUGCCGGAGCUUCCUCCAGGGCUGGCUUAUAUGAAUGCGUACGGCUGCCAAACACUUGAAAUGUUGUCCGGCGUUGAGAAGCAUGAUCACAGGAGGACAAAAUUGUGGAAUUUUGGAAAAUGUCCCAAGCUUGACAGAGACGCGUGCACCAAGCUGGUCAGAAAGUUCACUCAUGAUGUUGUGGACUUCGCGGGGGAAGGGUCGCGAAGUGUUAUAAUCCCAGCAGAAUGGAAUGGAGAUGCGGCAAGGAUGGUGUCUUCUACUUCCUCUUCUUCUUCUUUGCUGCAGCAGCCGUGGGAGGCGAUAAGGGGAGUAAUGUACAGCGCUCUACUCGAGCUCUCCCCUGCAGAUGCUGAAUCUGCGGGCAUCGCGACUAGUUCUGAUAAUGCGCUGGGAUACCAUGUCGACUGCUGGCUGCGCAGCAAUGUUGCUGUCGCGGAUGAAAUCCUGGCGAGCCGCUGGCAAUGGUAUCCACAGAUUCAAGGGGGUGAUAUUAUGAAUGUGUGGGAUGGCGCUGAGCAUCGGUGUCAACGCUUAAACGGCCUGUUGAUAUGGUCCGAUGGUGGCUCCGGCUGGAAGAGGAUCCAGCAGUUUGCUCAAGGUCAAACUAGUAACGCAGAUCGCGAUGGUAGUGGUUGUUGUACUGGUUACGGUGAUCUCGAGUUCUCGUUUCGCGCUGAAUAUCGCUCGUCGGAAUUUACGCUCGAGGAGCUGCCGAAUUUGAUCAAGCGGUCUCGCGUAGUGCCGGUGUUUCGCGACAACCGAGUGGUAGAUGAUCAUGGAGGCCAGGUAUCAUCUCCAGAGAGGCUACUGUUGGGAGAAAUUGAUGUUGAGUAGCUAGUAAAUUUCACUGAAUCGGCAAUCGUUGUGUCGGUAUUCUUCCAUCACUGUGGGUUUUUUUGGAAUGUAACAAUUAUGGAACCAACUCUGAGCUUUCUCUUGUAAGUUGUAACAUAUGGAAAUGGGUCGGAUCGAGGAUGGAUAGUGCAUACCC